UCGCGUCGCGUUUGUGUACUCUUUGCCUUUUAUACUUCUCUCCCUGUGUAUAUAAUUUUUUUUUUUUGCCAUCAUUCUCGCGCUGAUAAAUUAAUCCGUUUGUAUAUUACAAGAGUUGUUUUUCGUUCACAAACACACACACACACACACACACAAUAAUAUUUCGUUUAAUAUAAUUCUACAUAAUAUUAUAUUAUUGUAUGUGAAGUCCACUCCUUUCCGCUCCCGCCGUCGUUUCACGUUUUUUUUUUCUCUCCUUUUUUUCCCUAACUAUCCAACACACACACACACGACAUGGCCAACAAAAGACGUUCACGAUAAUAUUAUUUUUGUCGAGUUUAUAUAGUACUAUAUCGCGAUGUAUAUUAUUUUAUAUUGAAAACAAAUUUCUAUUAUAUUUUUUUUUUGUUUUGCUCAACUCGGUAAAUUUCCGCCGCCGCUGCCCACCAACGCGACCCGUAGUCAAGUGGAUUUCGAUUUUUGUUAUUUUUUAUUAUCAAAAAAAAAAAUAUAUAUUAUUAUUAUAUUAAUUUAUCGUCGCACGUCCAACUGUAUACAGCAGCAGCAGCAGCUCUCGUUUGCUCGUCGUUUUUAGCUGAUGUUCGCAACACGGACGCCGAUCAACCGAGAUUAGUAUUAAUAUAAUUACACAACAGCAGUGCGGUGAAAAUAGUCGAAAAACAGUUACUUAUACGAGUUUUGAAGGAAGAUACCAACGUCUAGAACUGUCCACUCUCAAACAACAGACGUUUAGAUAUAACAGUCGUACGGUGGCCGACAGACGGAACGGAUCAACCAUGGUGCCAAACCGAAUAUUUGUCGGGGGCCUAACCAAUGGUACGACCGAACAAGAACUGCGGAAUUUCUUCUCAAUCUACGGUGAAGUCAAAGUGGUAAAAAUAGUCAAAGAUAAGGCCGGAGCCCUUAAAGGUUUCGGGUUCAUCACUUUCGGGUCUGACGAAGAAGUGAAAAAAAUUAUUGAUGCGGGACCAGUUUUGAUUUUCAAAGACAAACGCAUUAAUAUAGCUCCAGCUUUUGAAAAAGACAACAGGCCAAACUACAACGACACCAAUAUCACGUCUUCUCAACAGCAAGCCCAUUUGAUGUCGUACAGCACUCAAGUCCAACAGUAUUCAGUUCCUCCGAUGGCAACAUCAGCUCAACCAGUGUUAACGCCAGUCAUGUAUACUUACCAAAACGGUAUGGCAUUUUUUAAUAUGCCUGUAAGCGGAAAUUCCGCCAUUACUUCUCAACCCCCGGGCCAACCGAAUUCGGCUUCGUCGGAAUCGCUCGUCCCUAGUGUUUACGCAGCUGCAGCUCCUUAUGGAACUCAGAACACUACAAGUAUGCAAGGGUACAGUGGUCAACCUAUCUUCUAUCCAAAUCCUGUACCUCAAGUGUUGGUACAGCAGUCUUAUUCAAACUUACCAGUGAGUUCGGUAUGCAACGGCACUCAAGGGUCGAAGGUUCUUUUCUCAAUGCCUUACGACACAUCUUAUUACUCAGGACCUCAAAUGUCUAAUAUGGUUCCUGGCCCCGACAUGGCUUAUCCAAUGCCGAUUAUGUCGCCAUACAUGCCUUAUAUGGUGACAACAUCCGAUGGUAGUUAUCCGUACUACGACCCGUCUAUGGAAAAUAUUCAACUUGUUCAUCCGCAAAUGUACGCAGAACAAUGUGCAAAUUCUCGACCGCCUUCCUCGGAUACUACAGUCGGACAAGCACAAGUAAUUACCACCAAUCAAUUUGUUUCAUUGAUGUCCGUAGUUAGAAACGACGAGGACAAACCUCAGAUGUAUACACCCGAAUCCCAACAACUGUGUCUGACUCCGGUCAUAAGCUUAGCCGAGCCUCCUCCUCAGUCUGUCGCCCAACCAGUAGUCUCCAAGCCCGCUACAUCAUCUCCGCCAGAUCCUGAAAAAAACGACCCAUCCAAUCAACUACUCAUGACCCAGAUUCAGUACAACAUUAGACAUCCCCCGCCCAACAUCAACGCUCGUCCCGAACAAAAGGAUCCGGCCAAUAACAAGCAGCGCAGCGACGUUCAGGCCUAUCAGGGCAACAACAAUAACUUGUCCAUUAAAAACAACAACGAUUACAUGAAAAACGGCCCCAAAAAAUAUCCAGAGACGCGUACGUUUUACAAAACGGGGCCGUCUCCUCUAUCGCAUCCCAGACACCCUAACGGCCCACAGAUGGUCAACUCGUCCUAUGCUAACCAAUUUUAUGUUCCUAACACUGGCUAUCGUCACCGGUUUCCUAAAGUACACUAUCCUACUGUUCCUCAGGUGAUGUUAAAUCCAAACUAUCCUUAUCCAGCUCAGGGUAAUAUACGUCCCACUAACGGACAUCAGCAAAUGUUCAACAGAGGUGGCGGCGGCGCCAGAUACAAUAACAGCAACAACUACCAAAACAAUAAAAAGAACUACAGUUCUUACAAAGGAAACAGGAUAAACCGAUACAACACCGAUCACGCCGACAAUCCCGAAGUGUCCAGCAGUGAAGAUAGUCGCGCAGAUCCGUUAGCCGGAGGUGACAUGAGCGCUCCUCAGGUAGAAGGAAUGUGUUCUGACAUGAGGUCAAUGACUAUACAAUAAAACGCAAAGAAAAUAAAAAAGAAAUUGCCGCUUUCGUACGCGAUCAAAGUCAAAUAGCCCCAAACAAGACUGUUUAUAGCCCAUUCAGCUAUUCCUACACUUUUUUUUGUUUAUUUUUCAUAGUAUUAUUUAACUUAAUUAUCUUUCUUAAGCUCAGAAAAAUUGGCAGUCUUGCUGGUUAGAAAAGAAAAAACAAAAUAUAUUUAUAUUUAUACUCUUAAACAUAUUUCGCCCUUCUGUGUUCAAAAUUGUUAUUUAUUAAUAAUUAAUAAACACAUAGUAUAUAUAUAUAUAUAUACACAUAUAUGUAGGAAAAAAAGAUGCGAAUUUUCGACCCUCUUCUGACGAGAAAAAAAAAGGCUAUUUUACUGUGAUAUGAUAUAUUGAAUGAAAAAAAAAAAAUGUAAAUCAACAUUGUCUAGACACCAUUUGUACUUUAAAAUCUCCGGUAAAAUUUGCUCAAACACGCCUGGGGGGAAUUUAUGUUUGUAUAUAUAUGUAUAUAUAUAUAUAAAUUUAUAUAUAUAUAUAGAUAAUUUUGUUUUAUCGUUGUUAACAUAAAUAAUUAAAAUUUAAAACAUCAAUAUAUAACCGUGGUGAGACAAGUAAACUAUUACUGACAAAACAAUACAUUUUGCUGAAAUAAUGUAAAAAAAAAAGAAAGUUGGCAUAGUUUAUUUUUUAUCUGCUGUCAUGACUAGAUAUAUAUUUAGUAGGUUAAUAAUAUUUUUAUUUGGAGAGUGAGUUAAAUUAUAAACAUUUAUAAUAUCUAUGUACAAUAUCGUAUAAUAAUAUUUGAAAUUGUUCGGUACGUCUAAAAACAAAAUUAUUGUAGCCUACUUACUCCAAUUGAUUUUUUUUCGUUUUACGAGCGGUUCAGACUAGAAUUAUUAUCUUGUGGUAAUAAUACAAUAUCAUAUAAACAUAUUAUAUAUGAUGCACACACAGUUUAACGUAACUGUAAAAAGAACUUUUUUUUAAGUAAUUUUCAGGCCAUCGGUUUUUGUCCGGUGACGCUUAAUAAAAUCAAAUAUAUCCCCCUGUUAAUUAUUUUUUAAAAUAAAACAUUCCCCCCCC